AUGUCGGCUCGGCGCGGCGCUCCCGGCGGCCAAAGACAUCCCCGUCCGUACGCCGCCGAGCCGACCGUCGAUAUCAAUGGGCUCGUGCUGCCGGCAGACAUGAGCGAUGAGCUCAAGGGGCUCAAUGUGGGCAUUGAUGAGAAGACCAUCGAGGUAGCUCGGAUUGAAAAUAUCUAACUUUAUAAGUGUUUCAGUCGCUCGAGUCCACUCGCCGUAUGCUUGCUCUUUGCGAAGAGAGUAAGGAAGCCGGUAUCAAGACUUUGGUGAUGCUCGAUGAUCAAGGAGGUAACUGACAGGAUAACAUUCCAAUUGGAUUCAUUCUGUCUUCCAGAGCAACUGGAGCGUUGCGAGGGCGCCCUCGACACCAUCAACCAGGAUAUGAAGGAGGCGGAAGACCAUCUGAAGGGGAUGGAGAAGUGCUGCGGACUGUGCGUUCUUCCGUGGAACAAGGCGGACGACUUCGAGAAGAACUCGGAGUAUGCGAAGGCGUGGAAGAAGGACGACGACGGAGGAGUGAUCUCUGACCAGCCGAGGAUCACGGUCGGAGAUCCGACAAUGGGGCCGCAGGGAGGAUAUAUCACCAAGUGAGUUCAAAGAUCCGGGGAGUGAAUUGAGUUGAGCGUUUCAGGAUUACCAACGACGCUCGGGAGGAGGAGAUGGACGAGAACAUCCAGCAGGUGUCCACGAUGGUCGGCAACCUUCGCAACAUGGCCAUCGACAUGAGCACCGAAGUGUCCAACCAGAAUAGACAGCUCGACCGAAUCCAUGACAAGGUACACUUUUUGCUGUUUUCUCUUCUUUCACCUGCCAAAUCUUGCAGGCCCAAUCGAACGAAGUGCGUGUCGAGUCGGCCAACAAACGUGCAAAGAAUCUCAUCACAAAAUAA